UUCUGUUGUGUAACCUCGUUCGGGUAACAUUGAUCUUGGGGCUGCUGUGCUGUGGGACCUCCCUUAAAACUCCAGUGGCCACGCGAAGACGAGGGGCCAGGGAACCUGUGCUGCGAUCUUCAUCUUGCUCAAUCACCCAUUGUUGAAUGGUACAAGAAAACACUUCUGAAGUGGUAAACUGUGGGAAAAAGCUCUUAUGCAAAGAAAAAAAAAAGUGUUGCGCGAAAUAUUGUGUUAGCAGGUGGUGAUUAAUUGAGAGUUAAAAGUGAACGAGUUUAAUACGAGACAAAAAAAAAUCAAAAAAGUGUCCAAAGGUCUUCGAUUUCAACUCGUCAGUGCAAAGCUCCCGGAAAUUAUGACAGUUUCGUCGUUUUCGUGUCUGCUGCUGGUCGCGACAUGUGCCUGCCUAGUCAGCGCUCUGCCCCCGAAUCAGCGCUUCUCGCGGGAUAACGAUGGGCCACACCUGGUGGGCCUCUCGACCAACGUCAUCACCGCCAGUCUGCUCAAGGGCAGCAUGGAGUCGAGCGCAAACCAGGUGUUUUCCCCGAUCGGCUUUUCCUCGAUCCUGGCCAUGAUUAGCGAGGGCGCCGAGGGCCAAACGCUGCAGGAGUUCUACGACGUGUUCAAGUUUCCCAACGAUAAGGUUGCUGUUCGGAACGCCUUCGACAAGUCCUUGAAGCGGUUGAACUCGCAGAACCCGUCCAACGAGCCGCAGUUCAAGAGUUGGUUCUACAUCUACAAGAACAACUCGGUCAAGCCGGGCUUCCGGAACGUGCUGCUGAACAAUUACUACGUGGACGUGCGUGAUAUCGAGCGUAACGAUUACAAUUUUGAUGAGCCUAAGACGUCGCUUGGACCGAUCGAGCCUUCGAUCGAUUUGACGCCGGAUCCAGCACCAACGGUUGUUAACACUCCGGCGGCGGUCGUUCCGUCCAACAACAACAGCAAGGACAUAAUCGAGUUUGAGGAUCUGAAGAUCAAGGCGUUGCCAGUGGAGGACAGCGUUCGCGCGGAAGCCGCGAUCAACUCCAAGUACGACGAAGUCACCGAGGAUGAGAAUCCCAAGUUUGACAAAAACAUUGACGACAAGGAGUACGUGGAACCGAACAAGAUCAAGGAGGAGAUCGCCAAGCAGAAGGAGGAGCACACCAAUGAGGUCCUGGACGAACCAUUGCUGAAAGCGAUUGAAGAAGUGGAUCACUUUGUGCUGGAUACUCCGCAGCGGAUGAGUUUGUCGUUGAAGCGGCUUGAGGAUGACGAACACGAGAUCAUGCACGCGGUGGAGAGUCAGGUCUCCAGGAGGAGGUUCAACGUGCGCCGAUCGUUCCUAUCCGGUGAUAUCGCGUCUGCUCUCAGUGGGAACUCGCUGGUCGGCAGGAAGGCCGAUACCAGCGAUGGUGAGCAAAGCGAAUCCAAGAUGCUGCUGUUCAACGGUCUGUACUACCGAGGAAGUUGGGCGACCCCAUUCCAGAUGAAAUCAAAACCCGGAAGCUUCUUCGUCAACGGUCAAGAAUCGCAAGUUAUGCUGAUGCAGACCAUGGGCAAAUUUGGCGUUGGAUCUAGCCAGGAGCUGGAUGCCAAGUUCGUCGAGAUGCCAUACAAUAACACCCGCUACACCCUGCUGGUUAUGGUGCCAAACCGAUCGGAAGGACUGAAGGAUCUGAUCAAGAACUUCAACAGCGACAGUCUGAGCAGUGCUCAGAAAAGUCUCGUGCAAAAGUCGGUUCAGAUCACCUUGCCAAAGUUCCACAUUGACACUACGAGCAGGGCCGAGAAGGCACUGGCUAAGCUGGGACUGAUCACGAUGUUCACGUCCAAGGCGGACCUUAGCGGAAUCACCGACGAGCAGAAGAUCCACGUGGAUGAACUGGUGCAGCACGUGUCCAUCCGAGUGGACGAAGGAGCCAGCAGCGAGCUGUCGCUGUCCGCCGCCAAUGCCGUCGAAGCCAAGACCGGCGACGAUCAGGACAUCGAAGAGGUCACCACCGUAGCGGCGUCAGCGGAAACGGCGGCGGCAGAACAGUUUGUCGUUGACCGGCCAUUCGUAUUCUUCGUGCGUGAUACGCUCGACGGUACGGUGAUAGUCGCGGGCAAGAUCACCGACGUCCCAGCCGCGGACGAGUGAUCGUCGCCGCUUAGGCGCUUAGCACUAGGCUAGUGAACAUACAAAUAUUAACGUUCUAGUUAAGCUAACUCCUUCUCGACUGUGCACUUGAAGUUGCAUUCAUCAGCAUUUUCAGGGUUACGCCAAUAGUUUAGCCAGUAGGUUAAUAAAACACACACUCCAAUAGCUUCACCAUUUUCCACAAACAUUUUUGUCCAUAAAUCACACAGGAACAGCACACUUCGCAGCACUUUCAACCACGCGUCUCGAUUCGACAGACCCCUUUGAGCAACUCGGUGGAAUCGCCCCAACAAAAAUGUCAUAACUAGGUUUACGAAAGCAAAAUUUACGCAUCUUGUGCUGGUUUUUCAUAAGAUGAUGUUAAUUUAUACCAAAAAGAAGCGAUUUCCACUGCGCGAGCACCGCCGGAAUCAUUGAAAGGACAUUUCCGGGUUGGCGUUGAGCGUUCAAAAUUCGCUCAACGCAACACGGAAAUGUACGCCAAAACUUAAAUUCAUCUUUUCAAAAUAUGAAAAAUUUAUUUUGAAAUUGUAUUGGAAUUUCGACUGAGGUGGUGCUCGCUGUUGUUCAUUGAUACAGGAGAGCGAGAUUGACACUGGAAAAACAAAAAAAAAUACACAUCUCACUCGUGAUGAAUGCAGUUUCGACUUUAAUGAAAAUAAAAAGACACACAAUUUUACUGAUGUUUCGACAGGAGGACCCUUAGUUUAAGCCUAUUUAUGUGUAAAACCUUAAAUUAUUUUUAGUAAGAUGGAAAAUAAAAGAAAGAAAAUCUGUUUCAUAAA